AAUUGCAUAUUUCACCCGGAUAUAUGAAAGUAGACUUCAAGAGCUGGUCAUUCACUUGCACUGCUUCUAUUCAGAAAGCAAAAGAAUGGUUUCUAAAAGGAAAACGUCAGCCGAACACUUCGACAGGGGAGCGAGAGUGAAAAAAAAGCCACGAGCGAGUCUGACGACUGGGUCCGAACGAAAUUCAGAGGGCGAGGAAAGAAGGCGGCGAAGGCGAGGGAGGCGGGCAAAGGCCAUCUGGGGCGAGCCCGGCUGCCCAGCUCUUCAUGCACCCAGGGCAGCGUGGGGCCCCUCUCGGCCCCCGUGCGUUAGGAGCUGGGCGCAGGGCGAGCUCCCCAGGGGCCGGGCAGCUGAGGGGCGCGCACGCCGCGGGCGCUGGCACCACACCAGGUACCGCACGCGGGGGUCCCCGGGAAGGAGGCGCACUGAGCGCAGCCCCGGCCUCCGGGAGCAGGAAGGGGGUGGGUGGAGCUGAGCCCGGGGCCGCCCCCCGGAGCCGCCCCCGCAGCCCCGGCCCCCGCCCCCCGCCCCGGCUGUCAGCGGCCCCCUCCCGCAGUCACUUACCCGCCGGCUGCGCGGUCUCGGCCGCGGUGGCGGCGGCGACGGCGGCGACCCCCGCCUGGGUCAUGAUCCCAGGAGGGGAAGGCAGGAGUGUCCGACCGUCUGGGCGAAUCGCUCCGUCCGCAGCCGCCGCCUGCUCCUCCGGGGCUGGGGGAGCGCGGGCCCAGGCCCUCCUCUCCCCCCGCCCCCGCCGCUUCUUUUUGCGGCCACCGCCGCCGCUGCGAGCCCGAGCCCUCAAGGCCGGAGACCCGGCGGCAGCGCGGCCUCAACUUUCCCAGCCCCCCUCCCCCCGCCCCUCCCCGCCCCUCCCGCGGCCGCUGCUCAGCGAGCGAACAGCCUACCCUGGGCGCGCCGCGCUCCCGCCUCUGUCACUCCACCCGCCAAUCAGGAUGCGGAACGCUGCCAUAGUAGCCAAUAAGAAGACAGAAUGCUUUUGCGCUACGCCAGGGGGCGGGAGGAGGCGGAGAGAAAACCAAGGAAUGAACGGGACUCGGGCGGCCCAAUGAGGAGGGCCGGGGGGCGGAGGUGUGCAAGUUGGGUUGAAGGAACAGGAAAUAUUCUUAAAGGUAGAAUGACGGACAGGAAGGAAAGCCAGUAGGUGAAUGGGAAAGAGGUGGGCCUGGUUCCUUAAAGGGGACGCCUUGAGAACCUAGAAAAGAAGGCGUUUUAAGAAACUUCUUUGUAUCGUGUUCCGUGGUCUCCUUCCUUAUCUUUCAGUGGGAGUUUGGAAGUCGAAAAAUGGAAAAGGAAGAGGGCACGAAGCCUUUCGGAUUAGUUAGCCCCUCUUGGCGCCGAGGGCGGGAAGGGUCUCAGUCUGUCACCCAGGCUGGAGUACAGUGGCAUAAACAUGGCUCACUGCAGCCUUGACCUCCCGGGCUUAAGCGGUCCUCACAUCUCACCCUCCCAAGGAGCUGGGACUACAGGUGCAUGCAGCCACGCCUGGCUAAGUUUUGUAGUUUUUGAAGAGGCGAAGUUUCAUCAUGUUUCCCAGGCUGGUCUUGAACUCCUGGGCUUAAGAGGUCUGCCUGCUUCAGCUUCCUGGAGUGUUGGGAUUACAGGUAUGAGCCGCCAUGUCUGGCCCAUAGCUUUUAUGUGAUGUUUGUUCUUGCUUCAAUUUUAGCAUUUUUUUUUUUAGAGGGAGUCUUGCUGUGCGCUGGAGUGCAGUGGUGUGAUCUCAGCUCACUGCAGCCUCUGUCUUCUGGGUUCAGGAGAUUCCCCAGCCUCAGCCUCCCAAGUAGCUGGGACUACAGGUGCGCACCACCAUGCCUGGCUAAUUUUUGUAUUUUAGUAGAGACGGGGUUUCACCAUGUUGGCCGGUAUGGUCUCGAUCUCCUGACCUCAUGAUUCACCUGCCUCGGCCUCUCAAAGUGCUGGGAUUACAGGUAUGAGUCACCGCCCCCAGCUAAUUUUAGCAUAAUUUAAGUUGGUCUGAAAUGGGCUCUUAUAAAUUGAUGUUUUAUCCUUUUUAGUGCCUCAAACUACAUCCUGUUCAAACAUAUUAUAACAAGUUAGUAUAAGUUUAUUUUGGUGUGAAAAGUUUUUGAAAUCCAUACACAUAGUUUUUCAUAAUAUGAAUUUUCUGUGAACUUUUUGAAGACCCCUCGUUUUGGUGGCUAGAGCCUUAUAAAAUGUAUUUCCUGAAUAAUGAGACUUGAAAGUUGACGUUACUCCUUGAUCCACGGGCUGCAGAAUGGACACCGCCUCAGCAGGCAUCAAACAUUAACCUCCCACGCAUCUCCAGCAGAGCUCUUGGAUGACUGUGUGCGUUGUCAGUGAGCAGUAAUAUUUUGAAAGGAAUCUUUUUUCUGAGCAGUGGGCUCAACAAUGAGUUUAAAAUAUUCAGUAAAUCAUCCUGUAAACAGAUGUGCUUUAUAAUUUCACUUACAGAGCAUGUGAAGAGUAGACUUAGCCUAACUCUUAGGGCUCUGGGAUCAUUGGGACGGUCAGUGAGCAUCGACUAGAGCAUGCAAAGAGUAGACUUAGCCUAACUCUUAGCGCUCUGGGAUCAUUGGGAUGGUCUAUGAGCAUCGACUUCAACUGAAAGUCAUCAGCUGCAUUACCCCUAACAAGAGAGUAAGCUCGUCUUUUGAAGCUUUUAAGCCAGGCAUUUACUCCUUUCUAGUUAUUAAAGUACUGUAAGACAUCAUCUUUUAAACAAAGAAAAGUAGAAAAAAUAAAAAUAAAAACACAAAAACAUUAAAAAAGAAAAAAAAAAAGGCAUCUUUUAAUAGAAAGCUGUUUUGUCUGCAUUGAAAAUCUAGUGUGCAAUGUAACCACCUUUAUCAAUGAUCAUCGCUAGAUCUCCUGGGUAACUUGCUGUAGAUUCCAUAUCAGCCCUUGCUUCUUCCCCUUGCACUUUCAUGUUACGGAGACGGCUUCUUUCCUUAACCUCAUGAACCAAUCUCUGCUAGCUUCCAACUUCUCUUCUGCAAGUUUCCUCACCUCUUUCAGGCCUCAGAGGAUUAAAGAGAGUUAGCACCUUGUUCUGGGUUAGGCGUUGUCUUAAGAGAAUGUUGCAGCUGGUUUGAUCUUCUAUCGAGAUCAUUAAAACUUUCUCUAUAUCA